UGUAUCAUUGGUGGGUGUGUGUAUUGUUGAAUGAAAGUGUUGGCAAAAUCUGACAUGUCAAACUGUCGGUGUCGUGACACAGCCACGGGCUGAUUAUCGCUGUUCUGAUGAGGAGGAAGUAUCGUCAGGUGACAUAGCGGUUUGAUACAGGACUGACAGAACAUAACUCGUCAAGCCCACACCUACCUGUAUUCCUACCUGUCGAGCGGAGGGACCGACGUUGCGUGACACAUUGUACAUUUGUCACAUAGGCGUUCACCCAUGUCAUCAUAAUGGAUGUUUGUGUUUAACUUGUCUCACCUUCAGAGACAAGAAUUUUAAAUCAGGAGAUAGCAGUCAGGAUGUAACUCCUAUCUGGAUAUGAAUCUCUCUUUCUGUGGGUCCGAGUGACUGUGUCAGUGUUUGUGUUCGAUUGGGAUGACAUCCGUCGACGGCGAUAAACAAAAUUAUGUGAUGUGAUGUGAUGUGAUGUCGCUUAACUGUGGAAAGUUUAAAACGACAUGUCACACAACUCUGUGUCACUUGAUGUACUACCCUGAUGCCAUGGAGCUCACACACACCGACACAAACACUCGUCCGGAAGGAAGACAUUUCUCUUUCUUUUGUCCGUCUGUGCCUGCAUUUUCAAAGGAGAACAAAUGAACUUGUGAGUUAUCUUAGUGGAUUUCCUGACUCAAACGUUUAAGAGUUUAAAAGCCCUCGUCAGGCUCAACAAGGAAAGAGGGACGAGGAAAACCCCACCAAGGCGAAGCACCCUCUGUCUCACUGUCUCGAGCUCUUCCCCCCAUCUUCCACGCUACCCACCCGUCUCCCACUUCUCCCCGAAUCAUGGACGACUACUCGGAAGAGCGAAGAAGCCUGCUGAGGUCCGCCAGUUCGCCUUCCCCGACUAAAUCCCUGGCUGACGAAAUCCGGGAAGCAGAAGCCGCGUUGGUCACUGUGACGUAUGAGCAUCACACGUCACAACGGUCAGCUGUCCGCAUUUUCGUCAUCGCCUUUAUCUGCGUCAUCACCAGCGUGGCCAUGAACGUCAGCUUGCCGGUGGUGGCUGCCACCAUGGAGAGUGUCGAGGGCAACGUCUUCACUGUCCUGCUCUACAGCGCCCUCUGGUUCCCUUUGGUCUUCGCUGUGCUGGCGCUUGCUGCUGAGGGUCGUACGCUAAAGAAGGUGACGGUAGACAAAAGCCUUUCUCUGGCGCCCACCUCGACAUGGCGAGUGUACUGCAUCAUGGGACUGACCAUGGGCCUCAACGGACUCAUUGUUGUUUUCGCCUCCCCUCCCAGUCGGACGGCGCCAUACCUGCAAGGCCUCCUGUCCACCAGUCUCAUCCCCUUCACGGUUCUUUCCAGAUUUCUUCUCUUGAGGAAAGGUAUCAGUCUUCGUCGUCUUGGAUGCACUAUCGCUGUCCUCAUCGGGAUUUUUAUCACCGUUGAGCCUCAGAUCUGGUCUCUUCCUGGAAGCGAUGACAAUUCUUCUUCUGGUGAAAGCAAAGUGGAUCGCAUCGUCUGGCCCAUCAUCUUCGCGGUCGGGUUCUUGCCUGCUGCUGUUAAUGUUGUUAUUUGCGAGCGGGAACUCCAGAAAACACAGGCGCAGUCUCUUAGCUUCAUGACCUGGUGCCAGGUGUUUCAGCUGUUCACACUUCUGCCCCUUUUCUGGAUGGACUUUAUUCCAUUCUUUGGAACGUCAAACUCGUUCGACGACUUCCGCCAUCACCUCCGUGGGUUCACGUGCAACUUCAGUUCCGCAGACGACUGUCGUGGCCUGGCCGCCAAGAACUGGCUGUUCAUUUUGUCCUACUGCCUCAGCAACCUCUUCCAGUUCUUCCUGAUUCAGCAGACAGAGGGCGCUGUCUUCACGGUUGUGGUGCAGUCGCUGGUCACGCCCAUGGCCUCACUCUUCUGGACGUUCUUCAAGCUGGACUCGUCCACGCUGGACCUCGUCUGGUCGCCGGACUUUACAGAGACCACUGUCUUCACUCUAGGAGGCCUGGCCAUCAUUGUGCCCGCUGUGAUACUGUACAAUGUCUUCGGCAGAAUGGACGCCAAGGCCGACGACAAGACCGAUAUUCAGAUGAACAAGCCUGAGGCAGUCAUCAGUACUAUCCAUGAUGAUCUUCAAUAACAAGCUUAAACGGGACAUCAACACUGACAUGAUUCUCCGUAAGUCAGGAGUCAACAAUAACACUACGAAAUUCAAAUCUUUCUCUGUCAUCUCUGUAAUUCUCACUCGGUUCUAUCAGUCCUUUAUUGAAAGUCUCGUCACUUUUUCUUUCAUCUCUUGGUUCCACAUCCUCUCCAUAGGGAACAGAAAUAGUUUUGUCUCCCUUGUUAAUAUCUGUUCCAAGAUCACAGGAACCAGGUAAAGGGACUUAGCAGUGAAGUAAUCAGCAAAUCCAUAGGAAGGCAUCCGUAUCCUUACUAUUCCCGAUCAUCUGUCGGCAUGUGAAUUUUCACUUCUGUGGUCUGUCUAUAAGUAUACGAUGCAUGUAUACAGAGCGAAUCAUCGUCGCAAUCCAUUUAUUCCACGUGAUAUUCACUUGAUGAAUUCUACUGGCCGUGAUCUUGUGUUAGCCUGUCACAAACUGUUCCUGGGUGUAUGUGUUAUAUAUAUAUAUACACAUAAUGUGUGCGAGAGAACUUAUUUACUGUAGUCAACAUGUAAAUAUGUAGGUACUUAAAUAGCUCGCAUAUAGCACUACCUGUGAUUGCCCUUGUGGACUAAUAAAGUUUAUUAUAUUUAAAGUUUCAACGUUUUAGAAUGUGUUUGGUGAUGAAAUGUGGUCUGAAGUG